CGUCAGGCAGACCGCAUGUGUUGAGCCGAGGCUCCCGGAGAGAAGCCGGGCUCCGUCCCCAAUAACAGCGGGUUUACACGGCUUACACAGUUCGGUUCCGUCCAGUCCAGUUAGAGCGUUUUGUUCCGGAGACACUCGACCCGUCAGGCUGGGGCAGGAUGGCAGAAGCGGUGGCGAACGUGGCCAGGAGGAUAAACGCAACGGCAGAGGAGGGAAGAGACACAUUAGACCUUUCCGACUGCAAGCUGAUCAGCUUUCCGGACGGAGUCUUCAAAGUGCUUCGCAGCUGCACAGACAACAUACUCAAAAUCACACUGGCCAACAACGAAGUGAAGGCCCUGACCAACAAGUUCUUCACCACCUUCACUCAGUUACGAGAGCUGGACCUGCAGGGAAACGUUCUCACCAAGCUCCCGGACGCGGUCGGAGACAUGGAGCAUCUGGUGAGCAUCAACCUCUCCAACAACAGGUUCAGCGAGUUUCCUGACCGUCUGACGGCCGUCCGCACUCUGGAGAGCAUCAACAUGGAGAGCAACCAGAUCUCAGAGUUGCCAUGGGAGCGUCUGUGUGAGAUGCCGGCUUUGCGCAGUGUGGAUGUGAGGAGUAACCCUGUGUCUCUGUCAUUCAAUCAGACCCCACAGAAAUUCACCAUCAUCACCUAGAGUAACACACACACACACACACACACACACACACACACACACACAUGCCAGUCUGGUCAUGCCACUUUAUUAGAAACACCUGCCCUGUACUUCCACUCCCUGGCCACUUUAUUGGAAACAUCUACCUCGUAUUUCCACUCCCUGGCCACUUUAUUAGAAACCCCUGCCUUGUACUUCCACUAACACUCAGUCAGACCACAGACUGUCACGAAGGUGCCUUAACUGACUGCUGACAGGUGAACGAUUCAUAUAGGACAGCGUUCAUUUGGCUGCGGUUUGUUGUGAGUUUACAAAUCCAUCAAAACCAUCAGUUUAUUAAACGUAGAGCCCGGCCCCACACCAGUCCAAGACCAAGCCCUGGGAUGGAUUAAAGAAACUAAUUAGAAAAGAAAGUAAAGGAAUGUUGCACACUCGGCACGGCCAUAUUGAAAUUAAACACACUUACACUUGACACGGCGUGAACACGGAGAAGGCCAGUCAGACGGUCAGGCUGCUGCUGUGGACAGAUGAUGCACACUGUCUGAAGCAAAUGCAGUUUUAGACACGGCCCUGAUUUCAUUAGUAAAGGGUAAUGACUAAUUACAGGCUCAGUAAACGGCAACAGGAGCAUAGAAAAGCACGAAGACAUCGUCAGAACUGAAUAUCAAGAUACGGAGAUAUACCUGGACUACAUUUUACCGCAUGCCAAAUAGAGCAGAGCGGCUUCUGAGACAUGAAAGCAGGCAGACUUCGCAUUUUUAGGCCACGGGUGAAUAUUAGAGAUAAUAUAGAGGCACAAAAUCAAAUUUACAGUUUUCUUCCUUUACUUCUAGUGUAGUCGAUCAGCCGAGGCGUGUUUGGCGUCUAAAGUUUGCUUCUUCAGUUUUGGGCUAUGAGGCUAAUGUAGCCAACAAUUAAUGACAUUUUGUACCCCUCCAGUUUGCCUGGGGCCUAAAUCAUCACACAGAAUGUCCUUUAUCCAUCCAAGUCGCGUACAAUCAAAUCUGAGCGCCCUUAGAUUUCAACAGUAGUUUUUUUUGUUAAUCAUCACUUUCAUUUUUGGUGUAAUUUGACCAUAAGAGUUACACAAAUCCUGAAAAAAUAUGCUUAGCCAACCAGAACUGAUUAAUAUCAUCAAUAAUAAGAAUGAAAAUAGAAAAUAAUACUAAUAAUUUGUGCUCAUGGCAAUUCAGUGCAAAAGUGUUUGCACUUGUUUUACACUUGGAUAUGAACAAAUGCUGUAAAGAUUCUAUCUUCAUACAUAAUAAACAAAACAAAGAGUGUCAGACUUAAACGGUAGAACACCAGAGGGAGUGUGUUAUCGUGAAAUAUGUUAUUGGUGAUAACUCCCUCCUCGAGUGCUCUACUGCUUUAAUACAGCAGUUAAA